AAAGUUCAGCUUGAUCCGUGCUGCCUGUGUCCAAAGAGCGUCACUGGCUGCUUUAUUAUCAUGGCUCGGUUUAAAUAUCGGUGCGGCUUGUUCUUUCCUUGCUGAAGCAAACUGCGUGCCCGCGUCUGUUUUCAAAUGUUAGGCAUUUUAUGAGAGGAAUAAACGUAAAUUUGUAAUUGCAAGCGCUGCUCGUUGCCAACAAACCACUGAUCGACUGCCUCACGAUAAUUUGGGAUUAUAAUGGUCAUCAAGGUUUACAUCGCUUCCUCAAGUGGCUCCAUCGCGGUAAAGAAGCAUCAGCAGGCUGUUGUGGGUUUUCUGGAGGCGAAUCGAAUUAACUUCCAGGAAGUCGACAUUACCAUGCUGGAGGAGCAGAGGCUCUGGAUGUACCGCAACAUCCCCAAGGAAAAGAAACCAGAGAAAGGCAAUCCACUUCCUCCACAGAUCUUCAACGAGGAUCACUACUGUGGUGACUAUGAAGAUUUCUUCCAGUCAAAGGAGAACAACACUGUGUUUGCAUUCCUUGGCCUCAGUUCUCCACCCAGCAUGACAGAUUCGAUGUCCUAGAACAAGCUACUUUCCACUCGCCACAACUUCCUGCAUUGCAUCACCUCCUUUCUCGUGACAACUUCACAGUUUUGCC